CGUUGGGCGCGGGCCGCCGGUUGGGAGCUGUCCCGGCCCGGCCCGGCCGACGUGGGACCAUGGGCAACCUGCAGUCGGAGACGCCCCCCGAGCUGGAGCCCCGCCGGGGCAAGACCAAGCCAGAGGCCGGGGGCUCGGGCGCCACGACCGUGGGUGGCAGGGAGGCGCCGGCACCGGGCAAGAGUGGCACCAAGAAGCCCAAGCUGAAGCUGUCGUCCAUGGGGGGCUCCAGCGUGGCCCCAGAGCCUGGCCACGGCGACAGGGAGCUGGGGGGCCACACCGAGCUGCCCCCGAAGCCGGCAGGCGCGGAGGGCACGAGCCAAGCCACGACCCCGCCAGCCCCGCUCUCAGAUGCCCAGGGAGACCCCCCGGGCCCGGCCUUACGGGGGUUGCUGAAAGCCAUCACCGCCCCCCGGAGCCCGCUGGAGCCGGGGGCGCAGGCGCCGGAGCCCAGCCGGGCACCCGAAGGGGUGCAGAAGGUGGUGGAGCAGGUCCUGCGCCUCUUCUGCCAGGUCACCUUGCAGCCGGGACCGCCGGCCCCGCUGCCCGGGCUGGAGCAAGAGCUCAGCUGCCUCACCCAGGCCUUCCUGGACCAGUUCCAGCAGCUCAGCUUGGCGGAGCGGAGCCCCAGCCCGGCGCCCGCCCCGGAGGAAAACACCGCGCCACGGGCACCGACCCCCGCCCCGCAGCCAUGGCAGCUGGGCCCCGGGUCCCUGCCAGCCCUGGAAGCCGUGCCAGAGGCUGGGCCCCGGGCUGAGGAGCUCCGUGCCCCGUCGGCACCCGCCUGCCUGGGGCUGCAGGUGGAUGCACCGGAGCAGCCGGCCACGGAGGCACCACCGGCAGCUCCCGAACCCGCCCCAGCACCGAAGGGUGUCAAGGAGGGCGGUGGCAACAGCAGUCGUGGCCGUGGCCGCGCCAAGCCCCGCAAGCCGCCGGCGCCAAAGGGCAAAGCUGCGAAGAAGAGCAAAGGCGCCGAAGCCGAGAGGCAGGGGCCGGAGCUGCCAGGUCCCGGGGAGCCAGAGAAGGCACCGGAGCUGCCCAUGCCUUCCCCGGAGCUGCCCACGUCCCGCUGGCCGCCCUUCCACGUGGGCACGGCCUGCACCCGCCGGUGCCACUGCAAGCACCAGGCGCGCAGGAGGCUGCCCCCCAACGUCGCUGCCUGGUUAAACCCCUCUGCCAACCACCUGGCCGAGCCCCCCUGGGUGUCCACUGCCAUCCUGGCCGGGUCGCUGGUAGCCGGCACCGAGUUCCUCAUGGAUGCCUACGAGCAGCCGGCCGGAGACGAGGACUGAGCCCUGCUUCAUCCCCUCCAAAAGCAAUAAACAAACCCUAGUCGUGGCUCCCCCUCGUGUCUGCUUCGGUCAUGGCUUGGGGGAGAAGCCCCUACCGCCGCCCUGCGUUGAGCGUGCUGCACGGACCUGCCAAGGCUGCUCGAACUGGCAGCAGGAGCCGAGCAGGG